GACCACACUUCGUCAACAACGGCGUUCGAAGCCAUUCAGCGUGGCGUGGUGAACAGACCACGACGGGCGGCAACUGGGAACCUAUAUCACAUCCCAACCGCCGCUGAAUCCUUCAGAGCAGCUUUCGCUCGUUCACUUCUUGCCCAUAUCUGGCCAUUUCUGCCUCUUCGUUGACCGAAGACUUGCUAGCUCUAACAAAAGCUGUGGAUCGGCUCACUCAGUCUUAUUAAUUAAUUCUUAACUUAAUUCAAUGGCUACUCUCCAGACCCUUCCCGCCAGUCGAUUCUCAGGUUUUCGUCGGGAACGAAACCACAACCGAACUACUUUCAUUGAAGACUCACCGCAGGAACCGCAGACUGCCUUUGAUGACUUGUAUGACAUGAGCGACGACGAUACAAGCGAGAUCUCUAUCAGCUUCACAUCCGAGCUGACCAACGGCAACGGCGAACCAACACCCCGACUUCAAAAGCGCAUGUCGUCUCUCGUUAUUCCGUCACCAACUGCGUGGCCGACCAUCCAGAAUUUCAAAAACUUCCAAAAACAGAGCAUUCACGCUCCACUACUUUCCCCCAAUACUAGAUCACCUGCGAUUGUUUCACCAAACCCAAGGAUGCUUUCUGCUCUUGCUACCCGACCAAUGGCCAGCACGUCAAGUGCCCCAUCGCUUGAUGGCAGUCUCACCUCUGAGGAACUGUCUAGCCUGAGCUGCCCAUCGACUCCGGAUUUGGAUCGCAGCGAUCGUGAAUGGUCGACGCCCGUACAGCUUCACCCUCAGGCUCUUCAAACGCUUACGGCAAUCAAUGUUGAAGAGGAAAUAGAGGAACCAGUCGAAGCUGUGGGCGAGAUGCAAGAGAUAUGUGAGCAGCGUCCAUCUCUAGCUCUUGACGUAACGAUCGAACCCGCCGAUGCGGAUGAAGCCGAGCUUUCUGCAUUAUCUGUUCCAUCCCCGGGCGGCUUUUUCUCCACUUUGGAUCCAUCCUCGCGCAAUACAUGGCUCUAUGCUCAGGAAGAUGCUCCAUCAACUAGCAUUGCAGAGCGCUUUUACGGCGUACCAUGGACUGAGAGCAUGAACGAGCGAAUUAUUGAGUACGACGUCGAUGAUAACAUCACGGAGGGCCCUCCAACCGCUCGUAGAAUUGCACUUGCUUCUCCACAAGUUGCAGCUCCAGCUCCGCAAAACGAGUCUUCCCAGUUCGACUCAUCGGAGUACAAGGACAACUAUGCUGAGGAGCUUCAGGCUAUGGGUCAAUGUAACUUUGACCGCACUAGCAUGUGGCUUCAACAGCAGGAGAGAUAUGUCGCUGACGAUUCUAUGUCGAUCCACAGCUCCUCUGGUGGCCUCCAUAGCCAUAGACAGCAUGUCUCAACAAUCGCAGAGACUGUUGAAGAGGAGGCGGUAUCGGUUUCUCUCCCGACCCCUAAGUCCGUCCGCUUCGCUGAAGACGUUCACCCAGAGCCAGAACAGGCUCCGGUUGAGCAGGCUAAGGUCGAGAAGAGCGACAUUUUUGUAAAGGCUGCGAAACAAUACGCUUCGAGCAAAGGCCCCCAAGAUGCCUUUGUUCAGCGCAAGGUUCGUACCGACAAGCUUCGCCUUGAUCGCAGAUGCCUGUUCCCAACCCACUUGAGCCGUCUCGAUGGCAAAUACGAAAUCGAGAAGGAGGAGCCAGAGGCUCGCCGCCCGGCUUCUGACAUGUUUGGACCGGAAUUUACCGAAGAAUCUGAGGCUGUCACUGCUACCCUUAGGCAGCGCCGUGCUGUCGAAGAGAUUCGGCCCAUCGCGUGGAAUCUUGAAGCUACAAAGAUGCUGAAUGGUGGAUCCCUUCUCACAAGCCCAACCGGCAAGCUCAUGCCAAAGAUCGAAAACGGCCGCGUCCUCGACCUUGGUGGCCUUGCUUCCUGCGACUGGGCGUGGCAGGUGGCGCUUGAGCACCCGUCCAGCACAGUUACUACAGUAUACACUGCUCACGACCAGUCCGUCAAUCCCGCCAUACAGGGGCCACCCAACCACCGAACUAAGCUUGUGCCGAACCUGUGGACCCUUCCUUAUGCCGAUAACACCUUCCACGUCAUCUCCGCCCGUAACUUGAUGACGCUCCUGAAAACUGAUAAACCAUCUGGUCGCUCAAGAGACGAAUAUGACCUUGUCCUCCGCGAGUGCAUGCGAGUCCUCACUCCAGGCGGAUAUCUCGAGUUUGCCCUCUUAGACGCAGACAUUGUCGGUGGUGGUAACCAGGCUUGCGCCACUAGCGUCGAGUUCUGCUUCAACCUCCGCACACGUGGUUACGAUCCAGCGCCGACCAAGCUGUGGCUUCCUCGUCUCCGCCGUGCAGGAUUCGCACAAGUCCGCCGGGCUUGGUUGAAUUUGCCCUUGGCUCAGGCUGACGGCCGGCAAGGCACUACCGCAGAUGCAAGCCAUAUCUCUGGCCUGGUCGGCUCAUGGGCAUGGGAACGAUGGAUGCUUAAGCUGCAUAAGGAGAUGGGCCGUGAAGCCGAUCGCCUUCUCGAGGGUGUUCCUGCAGCACUUGAGGAAGGCUCUUACACCGGUGCCUUUUGGAGGUAUUUGAGCGGCUGGGCACGCAAGCCAAUGUAAAUACCAGCCUGAUUACCGCUGUUUCUUAUGUUUGAUAUAUAUAAUUCUUCUUAGAUUGAUCUCAGUUGGCGCAGCCGUUUUGUUACAUCGGAUUUAGUUUGAAUGCUCGCCGUGUCCACGGACCUGGCUUUCCUUUGUGAUUAGUUCAAAAAACUGCAGUGCAAAAGAAUGGUCUCGGUCUGACUUCGAAGUGGCUGUUGCAGUGCGAAUUGUCAGUUACUUCAUUAGACUGAAGUCAGAAAUGAAAAAUAAAAGCUCAGGUGCAAUUUUGUCAAUUGCGUCAAAUUCGCAGCUGGAUUCGUUUUGCCGCUCGCACUUUCCCCUC